GCUUUUGUUAGUUGUGACUGAGAGGUGGUUGUGUUAUCAUAUGUGGCGCGCGCAAAGCUUUACGUUCGUGUCGGGGGAGGGAAAUCGGAAAUAAACUCUGCUUUUUCAGCAGUUUUCAUUCAACAAAUGUGCUGGCACUACAGUACACAAAUAAUUGUGAGAAAAUAUUUUUCUUCGAGUGUCGUUAAAAUCGAAUUGUCACAAAAAUUAAAACUCGAACACUCGAUAGACGGAAUUGAGAUUAUCGAUUAAACAAGAACCGCACAACGCACAUAACUAUAUCCGGCCGCCUUCGCUUGUUCGUUUUCACAUACACAUUUAAACUCUUGGGAAAGUUUGAAAUCGUUUCUAGUGUGAGUGCUAAACCGCGACGUGCUUUAUAUUAUAAGUAAAUGCAAAUCGCUGCAGCAGUUACUGCAAAUUUUUAUAAAAACUCAAAACGGCAUUUUCACAGCAUCCUCGUCAGAAUGGACUACUUGCAGAGUCUGUACAAUCGUAUCAUGGGCCUUAGUAGCCAGGAGUAUGGUUCCUUCAGCUCCAAUGACUCGCUACCACGCAAAGUUGUUGCCUUUGGUAAUGUGCUGCUUGACCAGACAGCCCACUUGGCGGAUACACAGCUAUUGGAGCGAUACAAACUGUCUCUGAAUGCCAGAGGUGAAUUGGAUGUUGCGACCUUAACAAAGGUAACAGAUGAGGCUACACUAGACAAUGAUAGUCGUGAUCCCCAUUUGGGCGGCUCAGCUUUAAACACCGUACGUAUUCUCAAACGUUUGGGCACAGAACCAAUGUUUUUUGGAGCUGUCGGUGAGGAUAAACAUUCCGAAACAGUAGAAGACUUGCUGAAGAGAGAUGGCGUGGAAUGCAUUAACUACAGACUACAAAAGGUGCCCGAUACACCCACAGGCCGUUGCAUUUGCCUAGUACACAAAGAUGAAUCGGCGUUAUAUGCCAACAUUGGAGCAUCAUCGAAAUUCUCAGAAGACUUUUUGAGACAAAUUGAACAGGAGGAGAAGGCGUUCUUCUUGCGCAAUGCCGGCAACAAACAGAUCUUUUACAUCGAGGGCUUCUUUGUGCCCCAUCGCGAGGAGGUGCUCACAUAUGUGGUGCGUAACUACAUACGCGGUCGCCGGCGGCUGGCCUUGAAUCUCAGUGCAACAUAUAUCGUGAAGAAGAACUACCAUCACAUUCUCUAUCUGGCCAGCAAUGCCUUUUUCCUAUUUGGCAAUAAUGAUGAAUUCGAGACAUUCCGUGAAUGUUGGGGUGCCAAGAGUAUCGACGACAUGGCCGUGGAGCUUUUGAAACAGAGCGAGACGCCCAAAAUCCUAGUGAUGACCCAUGGUGGCAAGGGUGUGACGUUGAUAACAAAUUACCAAGACGAACUGUCGCCACCGGCUGAGGUGACCUUUGAGAAUUUCAAUGUACCUCGCGUCAAUAACAUAGUCGAUACCACUGGCUGUGGAGAUGCUUUUGUGGCUGCUUUCCUUCAUGCCUGGCUGGAGAAACGUUCUUUGAGUGAGUGUGUGCGGGUCGCCAGUGAUGUUGCUGCCAAAGUGGCCACUCAAGUAGGCUGUAAUUUGCCCUGAAAUUAAGGCUGUUCAUCAUGUUGAAUGUAUACGCGAUUCCUGAAGAAUUCUUUAAACUAUUUUAAUUUAUUUUUAUUAUUUUAAAACUAUUGCAUUCUGCCUUGAAACACACACACAAACUCAUGCUUAUACUCGUAUUAUGCAUCGUCCCUUGGCGAUUCUUAUUAUUAAUCUCAGAGCAAUGUUCAUUGUUUUAAUUUUUUACAUGGUUUUAUUCGAGCCCAGUAGCAAUUAUAUAAAUUUAAAAAUAAA